AAGCUUACUCAUGCUAGCUUGUGCUACGCUGUGCACAACCAGAUUUUUUGGAGUGGCAAGUCCAAAUAUCAAGGUGACCUCACAGCAGCCAGAGGCCAUGUUCAGCCUGUCUGCCACGGUGAAGGAGCGCUUCACAGAGAGAACAGCCCUGCUCUCUGACGCUGAGUUGCAGAAACACCAGAAAGUCGUGGCCUUCAAGGACGGCAUCAAGAACACUCUGAACCAAGGCAACGAAGAGACGGCAGAGAACAUGGAGGAGCUGGAUGAAGACAUCGCUGUCACACAGACCCAAGUGAACUUCACCUGCCCACUCACACAGGUGGAUAUGGUGAACCCGAUGAGGAACAAGGAGUGUAAUCACCACUAUGAUGAAGGGGCCAUACUGGCAAUGAUCAAAGCAAGACACAGCCAGAAAAAGAAUUGCCGUUGUCCUGUGGUGGGCUGUGGGAAUACAGAUGUGAAACAGUCAGAUCUGAUUCCUGACCAGAUCCUGAGGAGGAAGAUCCAGAGCAAGAAGACAAGCGGCAACCGGACGUAGUACUUUUCUUUAUAUUUGAUUUGGCAUUCAUCAUUAUACCUGUGCCAUGGUGAUUAUUUGUUUAUAAGAAAGGAAUAUGUUGUUGAAUCUUUUACUCAGUUCUGACCUGCUGAUGCUUGUGGAAAAUGUACAUUUAGAUUUUAUACCUCAGUCAGCAACCCUGCCACUAGUUUAGAAUCUAAGAACUGAGGACUUUUAUUCCAAGGGAAGAAUCUUUUUGUACUCCAGUGUUUUGAAUUUAAAUAAAGCUGAAGAUCUUUUCAUACACAUUUAA